CUACAUAGCUCAGUGGGUCUUACCUGGUAAAAUAAAAUAAAAAUACCUAAACUGGUCAUGUCCCCCCACCCCUGCCCACCCAUUUUUACCAAACCACAAAGAUCAGCUUGGUGAGAGAUGUUUUUACAAUCCCUACGGACUGACAUGGCACGAGGGGGUCGUAUUCUCGCAUUGUGAUGAGCAAAGGGCUUCUUCUUCUUCUAAGAUUCGUGUAUUUUCAUACACCAAAAUCUGUUGAUUUAUGUUACAUUCAUAUCUUCACGUGAUUCAUCCUUACCGUUAAACCUUUCUUUUAAAACUCCUGAUUUUUUAAUGAGUUGAAACUGAAUUCAGUCUGAAAAAAAUAUAUAUAAUACAUCAUUAUAACCUUGAGUUGUUAUUUCAUGACAACUUCCCAACCCCUAGUCUCAUCUAAAACGAUUUUAAUUAGGCUCCAGGAGUAUGUGCUUCCAAAUUCCAACAUAUGCUUUGUCCUUCAUGCCCACACACAGCUGCAGCCUUAUCUCUCCAAAGCAUGCGAUGUGGGAAGAGGGCCAAUGCCCAGAACUAAUGUCCUUCAUUGUGGGGAACGGCUUUGCACCUUGCCAUAAAUGGUCUCCUUAUAUUCGCAGAAUUUCUCUCUCCAUGUUUAAGUUUGAGCAGGUACUCAGAGACGAGCGUCACCAUUUCUUGACUCCCUGGGUCAACUGUAUGUGAGGAAUCUUAUUUGGAACUUCAAACCUCAACAAUUACGUUUAACAGUAAACGCUGAAAUUGAAUAACAUCUCGGCAGGGUUUGUUAAAGGAAAUGACGAAGAGAAAAACCAUGCUGGUGUCAUUGGUUUUCAUGACCUCUGCGCUGCUCACGGCGGAGACAUACAUUUGUAAAGAGCCUGGCAAGCCGAUAAACCUCAGGCGGAGUAACUACACCAAGGUUCCAUUGUGGAACAAUUCGUGCCACUCCGUGAAAAUCAUCGACUUGAGUGGCAACAGCAUUGGAUACAUUGGCGAAGCGAGCUUUAGACUCAUUCAAAACUUAACGAUACUCUAUCUCAAUGCUUCAGGUCUACAGAAUAUAUCUGAGAAUGCCUUUGGAGGAAAUACAUGUUUGGAAGAACUUUACUUACAGGAAAACAAACUCUCUGAAUUCCCCAUGAAACUCAUUCAACAUCUACCCAAACUGCGCACUCUCAGCAUCUAUUCAAAUCGCUUCUUGAAAAUUAAUGGUUUCAGCAGUCUUAAUGCUCAACUGGAGAUGCUCUCUCUUGGGCCUCAGCAAACAAUGCACUCUCUGGACACACUGGAUUUCCGUCAUCUUUCAUCUCUCAAGGUUCUUAAUCUGACGAAGAUGAACAUCGUGAACGUGCCACAUUUUCAUCCAUCAUCCUUCAUUGAACAUAUUGAUCUUUCAAGCAACGACCUGGAAUUCAACGCAAAUGACUUUGAAAAUUGUGAACGUCUCAAAAGCAUUAGCUUUAAAGCGUGCAACAUCGAUAAGCUCGUCUUCGACCUAUUCAAAUCUCAAAAGAAUCUCAAGAAGCUGGACUUGACUGAAAAUCCACUCAAGAGUGAUUUCCACACAAACUAUGCCGUUAUUCGGAGCCUUGUGGACAAGAGGAUUCAGGUUGAAGUGACCUGCCUAGAAUGUUCAAAUUGGUGCAAUAACAUAUUCCCAACUCUGAAAAUAGUUUGUAAUGCACAUGAAAAAAAAUACAAUUGGUGUCUAAAACAAUGUCCACAAAACUCUGCUGUGAAUAAUGGAAAUAAACACCGAGAAAGCAGCAUUAAUUACACACUCUUGAUCAUAUGUAUAUUGAUGGUGAUGUUGUUUAUUUUCAUUACAACCAUCAUAUUUUGCAAGAUGAAGGGAUCAAGAAAACUCGAAAUACUAAGACCAGAAGGCUCCAGCCACAUUACAAACACAACUUACACUUAAGUAUUGUGUACUUCAAAAGAGAUCAUGCAUUGAUUUUCCCUUUCCAUGUUUGAUUCUAAAACUCUCAAUUCAUUUCAAUAUGGUUUGUGGUUUCUAAAUGUCAUUCAUGACAAGUCACUAAAUUGUGUUAAGUGAAUCGUUGAGUAUUGUUUUUUUCGUCUAAUUAUCAGUUCACAUCUUACUAUUCACAUAUUUUACAUCAAAAUAACUUUAGUGCAUGUAUUGUUUAAGUGCUAACUAAGCUGAACGUAUUAAGUUUUUGUCAAUUCUCAUUUUAAUAAAGUGAUAUUAUCGAGUGUCAGUUGCAUGUCGUUGUGGAUGCCAUGUAUUUAAAAAUACAGAAUGCCUUUAUUUUAAUUAGAUACCAUAUAAAAUACCCUGCGAUGUGUUUUCAGGUUGCACUGUGCGUUGCUUGACGUGAUGACCGACGUCUCACCCCAUGUGCUGAGAGCUUCUUCAGGAAAUGAAUUCUCAGAAGAGCACGUGGCGCUAAAUGUCCAAUACACUACCGUGGUAUUGGACAUUUAGCAGACACAACAUGAAAGCUAUACAGCUACGCUACGUAAACUGCAUGUAUUAAGCAUGUCAGCUGUAUACCUCAUACACUCUUGGCAACUCAAAUCGUCUAUGUUAAACUCGUUUUGCCACCUUUAGAAUUUUUAAGCGAAUUCAAAUUGGUAACGUUUCUGGUUUUUUUGGUUCCGGUACGACGACGCCUCCACUAAGUAACAAGAGCAGCCACGAAUGACAUCGCGCGAACUUUCAACUCACCACCUUUCAAUUGCAUAGACCUUGAGGAGUUUUCGGCAUUGCUAUAUUGUACUUUACACAAGGGGGCACUAUCUGCUUGAAAAAAAACCAAACAAACCUAUGCUGAGGUUAGUCAUGCUUAGCCCCUGACGUCUGUGCCCAUUGCAAUAUUGAUCUGACAUGGGCUACAAAUGCGAAGGCAAUUCUUUGCUCGUGCCGAAUUGAACAUUGACGUUCACACAGUGCAUGUAGUGGCAUAUUAAUGAAACAGAUGAAUAGUAAUUAAAAUACACUGGUUCCAUGUUUUAUUCCAUCUAAAAUUGAUGCUUUUUAUUCACCAGCCAAUCACUUUUCCGUGUAAUGUAAAUAGUCACGCAAAUAGUCAUUUAAGAAACGCAAAUCGAUAUUUUCUCUCUGAUCACACUGCGUUCCUGAAAUACAUUUUAAGGCAUCUCUCGAAGUGGUUGAACUCAAUCAAGGGGUUGGUUUGUUCUUGACUUUGUCGCGUCGAGAAUUCCAUGCGACCGGUGCCCUCCUCGGCCUUCUGAAAAGCUCGGUCGCCAUGCGGUCUUCAGACGGCUUCCUGCAACAACAGCGACAACAUCGAGAUCGCCACGAGCAGCAGUAGCAGCAGCUUCAUAUUCUUAUAUUUAGUCUUAGCACAUGCUGUAUGCUGUAUUAUGUAUAGCUUUCUCCCUCCCCAUCUACAAAAUGCCCACCACUCCAACAACCAAAGGCUUAUGUCGUUAUUCCUUAGCUCCAGUCAACUUUUGUUCAAGGUUACUUCACUCCUCACCUCUGUUUUAGCUUUAUUUCCCCUUUCAGCCUUUGUGAAAGAAAAUCUAAAAAAAAACUUUGAUUCUAUUUCCCCUUAUUCUACGAUAUUAAUGUCCAUCUCACCUACUCCUCAUUUCUACAGCGUCUUGAAAUGCAGUCUCAUUUACACACCGUGUAACGUCAAAUCGUAUGAUCAUAAGCUUGCUUGCAUGGUAACGAUCAUAAGUUAUGACAAAAUAUUGAAAUACAGUACAAU